AUGCCACCACCAGAACCAGAGCCCGAGAUGAGAAGAAAUGCAUGUGGCAGAGAGCUCCACCUGCAGCUAGAAACGGUGGAGCCCCACCCCUGCCUGAAAGAGGUAAACGGGGCAGAGAACAGCAACUAUGAACCCACUGCGGUCGAUGGCACCGGGGCAGAGAACCUGGACAUUUUACCUGGAGCACAAGAGCAGAUGCUCAAGAUUGCAAAAAGAAUGGCUGGAAGUGAGACUGUCACCACCAAAGAGAUGACUAUGUUCAGACGGUAUUGCGUGGCUCUGCUGCUGCAUGAUUGUGGCCUUAGCUCUGCAGCCGUUUCACAACUAACUGUGCAGGACUGGCAGAACCGGGCAGAUGACGGGCAGGGUGGAGUUGACCUUAGAACUGGGGGAGCGACAUACCACGUAACGGCAUCCACGGAAAUGAUGCUGAACGAGUAUUAUAUGUGGGCCAGACCCAGGUUCCUUGAAACGGGUGGGAAAAAUACACAAACCUUUCUUGUGGGACAAGAUGCGAUACCCUUGUAUAAUCCCUUGGCCGACGUCUAUCGUCUUAAAGAAGAGCACUUUAUGGCCGGGGCAUGUGGGAGGGAAUCGCCCAUUGACAACAUUCACCAAGCGGGACACGACCCCAAUGAACCCGUCGCGUUGGUGCAAGACAGUCGUAAAGAGGUGGAUGUGCUGCAGGCAGCCAUUCCUGACAUGUUGUGUAUAGAGGACAAAGUGAAGGAGAAUAAAUCACUUUCCAACCGUGAGACCACAGACUACAGGCGGUACUGUCAGGUGCUAUUGAUGAGACGUUACCAUUUCAGCUCCAAAGCAAUAUCUGAUUUGACUGUGCAGAGCUGGCUCGAGCGGGUACCGGACUCAGACGGCGCAGUAGUUCAUCUCUCAACAGGGGGUUCUACCUACGGGCUGAGCCCAUCUGCGGAACAGAUGUUGGAAAUCUAUUUCCGAAAUGUGAGGCCGACCUUUGCGCAGAGGGAGACGUCAGGCAAGGACGUAUGUAAGGCAUUCUUCCUGGCGAAUGGCGGAGAAGCGCUGAGUAACGCAGCGGUCGACGUGCGGCGUUUUGAAGAAAGGUACACAGCCAGAGAGGGUACCACCACCAGUCCAGCGACUCAGUCCAUCAUCCGCUGGAAUGACUUCCUCUGUGCCUUCCCAAUCACUCCUGACGCACAGGCGCCCACAAAGGCAGCCUGCGAGAAAGCCGGGUUUAGCAACUUUAGGCCUUUUUACAAGAAGUGGCGAGCUGAGCAGCUACAGAUGCGGGAGAAGUACAUUUUAGCUCAAGCACAGAACAGAGCCCGUACUGAACCAAAUACAUCGACUGUGCAACACAAGAUUGACAGUGAGAAGUGGGUGACCAAUGUACCAACCACUGGCAAUGUGCUUAAGGCCUGGGCUCCACCCCAAGACACAGAGGUGGACAUUCAGCUGAUGGUCAGCAGGGUUAUGGAGCAGAGCUGGACUGGUCUAGCCAUCGUGCAGUUUGAAGAGGAAAAGGGAAAAGGCGUAGUCACCGAGUUGCCCCGGCGAAAAAAUGAUGUCAUUUGUGAUUAUCAUGGACUGAAUAUGCCUUCCUCGCAGGGGAAAAAACUCCUUCAGUCUGGAUACGUUUUAUUUUUUAAAGACUCUGCAGGCAAAAGCCUUUGUGUGGACGCCACACAGUUUCCCUGCAGCUGCCACCCCACACUGGACACCUACGGAAGGCGCCUGAACCACUCACGUAAAAAACCCAACGUGGCUCCAAAGGUUCACAACCUGAAUCUUGCAAACCUUGGGAAAUGUGCAGUAAUCCUCUUUCAUGCUCUUCGAGAUAUCGAGGCUGGGGAAGAGCUUUUGUGGGACUAUGGGGUGGACAGAAAGUCUUUUUGCGGAGAGGGCAGGGAUCUCACUUGGCUCGACAAUUGA